AGUCACUAGAUUGACAAGAUUCUUACUUACUGUAUUAUAUAAUAUAUAGAAUAGUAUUAAAUAGUCAUUAUAUUCAUCGAUAUUCUAUGAUCUAGAAUAAUCUAGAAUAGAUUUUAUGAUCUCUAGAGAUGGGUGAACUCAGAGACGUCCUGUCUUAGGCUUAAGCUUAAGAUCCCAAAAUUAUAAAUCUUCCCAAGGAUGUAAACCCUGGACUCCUCGGUUCGAGAGCCAAGAGCUUUACCACUCAGAUUGAGAUUCUAUUUCUCAUAUAUCUAGUUUGGUAGAUCUAGCUAGAUCUUAUUUUCUAGAACUAGAAAUUCAGCAUAAAAUAGAAAUCUAGAUCUAGAUGAGAUCUAGAAUCUAUAUAUAGAAAUAGAUGUAGUAUAUACAUCAUAAUGGUCAACAUAAAUCAUCUAGAUUCUAGAUCUUCUGAUCUAAAUUCUAGAUCUAGAAUCUAGUCAUCUAAAAAUAAAAAUAUAGAUGUAGAUCAUCUAGAUUUAGUUAUAGAUCUAUAUAUAAUCUAGGUCUAUAUUAGACUAAAUUCUUACUUAAAUACUAUAUAUAUAUAUAUAAUUAGACAUUAUGAUCUCUAGAGCUGGGUGAACUCAGAGAUGGCUUAAGUUCCCAAAAUGAAAAAUCUUCCCUAAGAUGUAAACCCUGGACUCGUCGGUUCGAGAGCCAAGCGCUUUACCACUCAGCCACCACACCUCCUUUUUUUUAAUCAAAGAGUUAUUGAUAAAAUACUUACCUCCACACUCUCGGUAUGUGUCAACAACAUCCAGUUUUAGGAUAUAUAUGCUUUUCAUACUUACAAUUCUUAGAAUUUCUUCCACUAAUAUGAAAAGAAUUUAUUUUUUUUACUAGAACUUAAAGGGACUUUCAAAAAGCUCACUGCCUCAGAUUUUUCACUAGGAUUGGCUCUUAGAGUCUGUUCUGUGUUUGGGUAGAACCACAAUGCAGCAGAGGUUUGAAUUCAAAGUUUUUCUUCUCCUGAAUGGGCAGGUACGGUGGCUGAGUGGUUAAGCGCUUAGCUUCCGAACCUGGGUUUGAAUCUUGGUGAAGACUGCGAUUUUGAACUUCAGGAUUUUUAGGGCGCAUCUGAGUACACCCAACUCUAAUGGGUACCCGACUUAAGUUGGAGGAAGUUAAGGCAGUUGGUCAUUGUGCUGGCGAUAUAACAACAUCGUUAACUGUUGGCCAAAGAAACAGAUGACCAUAACAACAUCUGCCCUAUAGACAGCAUGGUCUGAAAGGGGAACUUUUUACUUUAAGUGUGUAGCCAGCCAAGGCUGAUGAACCCUUCCUGCCCAAAGUUUAGUGGUUUAGGCACCAAUUGCUCAGCUUUGCUCUUUUAUGUAGUUUUAUAGGGCUCCACACCGAGACAGAUCAUUAUUGUAGGCCUCCCCCACUGACCUGUGAUAUCCCAACCUAAAGCUCCACAGUUUGCAACACUGCAGGAAUAUUAGUAUCAUUGACUGAAACAGAGACCUAUGAAACCUUUAUGAUGACUCAGACAAAGCCUGAUUUUACUGGUGAAUUGAACAAUCUUUUAACACAUGUGAAAGAGGAAAUAGAAGAAAUAGAGGAAACAGAUUUGUUAGCACGAUCAUGUGACGAUCAAGACUUUGUAAUCUCCAGGAUAAAAAAUGAGAUGAUAGACGAUAAUUCAGACUUGUAUACACAGCAGUUAGAAAACUUUUACAUUGAAAAAUCUUCUAAGUUAAAUCUUGGGCAUGAGGAAAAUACAAAAGAGACAGAAGCAACAAAUUUUAAAGAUAGAUCUAAACCAUGCUGCUUAGUUUCAAGACUCUUGGCAAUGUCAAUGAAAAUAAGCAACAAUCUACCUAUCAUUAUGCCAAAUUUCAUUCCAUCUAGUCACACCCUUGCUUCAGAAGUCUCAGUGAGUCAGCUGGAGGCCAUUGAGAAAGAAAAGGAAAUUACUUCAGAACUAAAUGUGCUCAUUGAUAUCAUACAAGAUCAAAUAGUUGGCAACCAUUCUAAUGAAACUGUCUUAGAUUCGGAAAUACCUUCUGAACAUGAAUUCGAUAUGAUGUUACGGUACCAAAACAAACUCAGCCGCAGUGGUCAUGUCACUAAAAAACAAAAAGCUGAAAUUGUAUCAAGAUACGGAUCAAUGUCAAAGAAACAAAACCUGGACUCAGAGUUUAUAAAAAAUAUCAUCAGCAUUAUGCACGAUUAUGCCAUGAAGCUGUCUUCUCGAAAGCAGGCGAUUACAGCCAGCAGAGCUGAGUCCUUAAAACCAUACGUUGGUGAAAACACACUUUUGUCUCCAAACUCUGGCACAAAAACACACCCUGAAUCUCCUCAACCACCAUCGAUAGCUAUUUCCACAUCAUCAGAAUCAUCUUUUGUAUCUCAUUCUUCAGAAAGCAACUCAUUCUUUACAGAGUCCGCCAUCUCUACAUUAACAGAACAUGAUUAUAAGAUACUUCCUGCAUCUUUAACCAGUACAAUUCUUCAGAUAGGACAUUCCCCAACAACUGUCAAAAAAAGAGGUCGACCACGAAAGUCCGCCACCUCUACAUCAGCAGAACAGGAUUCUAUUAAACAUCCUGCAUCUGUCACCAGUACCAUUCUUCAGAGGGAAUGUACUCCAACAACUGUCAACAAAAGAGGUAAUUCACAAAAGUCUGCCAUCUCUACAUCAGCAGAACAGGAUUCUAUUAAACUUCCUGCAUCUGUCACCAGUACCAUUCUUCAGAGGGAAUGUACUCCAACAACUGUCAACAAAAGAGGUAAUUCACAAAAGUCUGCCAUCUCUACAUCAGCUGAACAGGAUUCUAUUAAACAUCCUGCAUCUGUCACCAGUACCAUUCUUCAGAGGGAAUGUACUCCAACAACUGUCAACAAAAGAGGUAAUUCACAAAAGUCUGCCAUCUCUACAUCAGCAGAACAAGAUUCUAUUAAACAUCCUGCAUCUGUCACCAGUACCAUUCUUCAGAGGGAAUGUACUCCAACAACUGUCAACAAAAGAGGUAAUUCACAAAAGUCUGCCAUCUCUACAUCAGCAGAACAAGAUUCUAUUAAACAUCCUGCAUCUGUCACCAGUACCAUUCUUCAGAGGGAAUGUACUCCAACAACUGUCAACAAAAGAGGUAAUUCACAAAAGUCUGCCAUCUCUACAUCAGCAGAACAAGAUUCUAUUAAACAUCCUGCAUCUGUCACCAGUACCAUUCUUCAGAGGGAAUGUACUCCAACAACUGUCAACAAAAGAGGUAAUUCACAAAAGUCUGCCAUCUCUACAUCAGCAGAACAAGAUUCUAUUAAACAUCCUGCAUCUGUCACCAGUACCAUUCUUCAGAGGGAAUGUACUCCAACAACUGUCAAAAAAAGAGGUAGACCACGAAAGUAUGCCAUCUCGGCCUCAGCAGAGCAAGAUUCUAAGAAACAUCCUACACCUAUUACCAAUACAAUUGUUCAAAAAAGAUUGACCCCUUUAUUCGUCAACAAAAGAGGUCGAACACGAAAGUACGCUGCAACAGAAAGUGUUAGCAAAGUUCCUACUACGUCAAAUAACUUUUUUACAAUGGCUGAUCUACCUCUUGUUCCUGAAACCGACAAUGGCACCAAUGGAAUUUAUCCUCCGUUAAGGUACUCGGUAAAACAAUAUUGGCUGAAUGAAAUGGAGAGACAAAGGCGAAAAGAAUUGAGCAGUCUUUACGCCAUGUUGAAAAGUCAAGUUCCAUGCAUUGCGAACGAUAAUUAUGCCCCUAGGCAGCGAAUCCUGGACAGAGCUACUGACUACAUUUCAGUGUUGAAGAAUCUUGACAUUAGACAAGUGGAUGAAAUACAAUCAUUGAUAAAGCAGAACCAAAGGCUAAACAAAAUAAAGCUUGAACUAGGGUAAGAACUCUUGACAUGAUUCAAAAUCAGUUUGUAUCUAUUGAAUAGGACAUGCCGAUACUUCAGUUAUAAUUUAUUGUGUGUAGCUCCUGCUGCCCCGAUCUGUAGAUCUGUUUACCAUAUAUAUGUAUUUCGAGAGACAAUCUUUUCCUUUUGCAGCUACUCAUGUAACUAAAUAGGCCAAUCCCUGAGAUAACCAAUUCACAGAUAUAGUAGGCUUCUACGAAGUAAUUACAAUCUUGAAGACCUUUUGUUCCUAUAUAAAUAAGUACAUAUGUCUCUUUCUU